AUGCAUCUCCUUAGCAUCGCCAGCUUACUUGCGCUUCCCGCGCUGGCAAGUGCGGAUGUCCUCUCUGCCCGUCAAGCUCCCGAGGGACAGACCAGCAACUCCACGGUCCCGGUCGCCAAGAGCUUCAUCAUCGAAUACACCCAGGGCUCCGCAAAGGCUCGUCGCGACGUCGCCCUCGCAGAAGACAUCAAGAUCGUCAAAGAUUUCGAGGCCGACAUCUUCUCUGGCGCCAGCAUCGAGACGGACACGCACAACAUUGACACUUUGCAGAACCUCGCGGGUGUCGCGCGCGUGUGGCACAACACCCGCGUAACCCUGUCGCCUGUGGAAGGGCUCCAAGCGAUCGAGAAUGGGGCUGCUUCGAACUACACUACCCACAACGCGACGGGAGUGAGCAAGCUCCACGAUAAGGGCAUCUUCGGUCAAGGCGUCAAGGUUGGCGUGGUCGACUCUGGCACUUGGUACAACCACCCUGCCCUCGGUGGUGGGUUUGGCGAAGGCUUCAAGAUCGCUGGUGGCUAUGACUUUGUUGGCAACGGCAUCUGGCCUUAUGAGGACAAGGCUCCCGAUGAUGACCCAGAAGAUCAAAUGGGUCACGGAACCCAUGUUAGCGGUAUCAUUGCUGGCAAGACAGAUUUCUGGACUGGAGUUGCACCCGAGGCUACUCUGUACUCCUACAAGGUCUUCGCUCAAAUCGACGCCACAGAUGAUGCGACUCUGAUUGAGGCCUUCUUGAGGGCUUACACGGAUGGAGUCGAUAUUAUCACUGCUAGUAUCGGCGGCCCCAGCGGAUGGUCAACCAAUGCUUGGGCUGAGGUUGCAUCUCGCAUUGUCGAGGAAGGAGUCGUUGUCACGAUCGCCAACGGCAACUCUGGCGCUGCCGGGCCAUUCUUUGCAAGCAGCGGAUCUUCAGGAGAAAAUGUUCUUGCUGUUGCUUCCGUCGAGACAGAGACAUUCCCUGCUUCGCCAUUCGAGCUCACCUCUGUUCUUGAUGGCAAGACGGAGACAGUCAAGGCCGGAUACCUUCCUUCCACAUACUAUUUCUCAUCUGACAUCACCGACUGGCCGGUCGUUCCUUUGAACUUUGACACUAUCGACCCUGCCGAUGCUUGCGAGCCUUACGCCAGCGGCACUCGUAGCUUGAAGGGCGUUAUUCCUUUGGUACGCCGCGGCACUUGUACCUUCGCUACGAAACAGGCAAACCUGGUUGCCCUGGGCGCGGAGUACAUCCUCUUCUACAAUAACGAGGGCCCGCUCAUCACCCCGUACACCGACGGUGAGAUCGGACUCAUUGCGUUGACUACCGCUGAAGCGGGCGCCGCCAUCAUCGACACCGUCAAGGCGGGUGGUAAUGUUACGGCUGAUUUCUCUAUCAACCCCGAGCAGGUAGUUGGCCUGGAGUACCCUGCUGGCGGUCGACCGAACACCUUCACCUCAUGGGGAGGAACAUAUGAUCUCCAGAUUAAGCCUGACAUUGCAGCUCCCGGUGGUCAGAUCUUCAGCACCUACCUGGACAACACCUACGCUCUACUAUCCGGAACCUCCAUGGCUACUCCUUACGUGGCCGGCGUUGCAGCACUCUACAUCAGUGCGAAUGGUGGACGAUCUGUGCAUGGCAAGGGCUUCGCCAAGGCGCUGCACCAGCGCAUCAUCGCCAGCGGCACAUCUCUCCCCUGGUCCGAUGGCACCGCCACUGACUAUGGCUUCUCCGCACCCGUCGCGCAGGUCGGCAACGGGCUGAUAAAUGCCUUCAAGGUUGUCAGCUACGCUACCGGUCUCACCUUUGAGAAGAUUGCUCUCAACGACACUCACUUCUUCAGCCGCUACCACGACGUUACCGUCAUCAACAACGGCGACAAGGAUAUCAGCUACAAGUUCUCGUACGAAAAUGCUGCUGGCGUGGAGAUGCUCGGAUGGUACCCAUUCGUCGAGCCUUGGGCUGGAGAGAAAAGAAUCAAGAGCUUCUCCGAGUUGGCUCCUACCAGUCUUCCGGUUGAGGUCUCGGUUCCGAGAGACUUUACGCUGAAGCCGGGUGAAAGCAAGACUGUCUCUGGCAAGGUCAUUGUCUCUGGCAACAAUGGAGAGCAAUUGUCCGUGCCUUACAUGGGACUUGGCGCCAACUUGAAAUCUGAGAUCAGCCCUAUUUACCGUCCCAGCUACCCAUUCACCACGCAGCGUGACUAUGUAUAUUCCUUCAAUCUGGACAGAUUCGCCGCCGACUUUCCAAUCAUCUACUCCAAGCUGAUUUGGGGCACCAAGGAAGUCCGAUGGGACAUCUACGAGCCUGGCUGGACUGAGCGACAGUGGGAAUACCCUCCCGUCCCCGGCAAGAAUGGCUACAUCGGCCCGGCCACCAGCCACGUUGUGGCCGGCAGCGUCUCCUACUUUGACCCCGACGUCUACGAUCCCGAUGACACCUGGACCUACCCCGAGGUCGAUCUCUACCGCAACGCUCAGACACAGGCUUCUUACCACGAGUUCUGGUGGUUCGGCAAGUUGGGCAACGGAAGUCAGAUUGAGCUUGGGAACUACACCAUGCGAUUUGCCACUCUCAAGCCUUUUGGUAACCCCCAGGCAUCUGACAACUGGGACAUCUUCCAGACGCCCCAGAUUCAGGUCACCGGCAAAUAUGAGAGAAGAAACUGA